UUGGCGAUCAUUAAUUUGAUUCAGCUCCUCAACUCUGAUUCGGAUCCGGCGAAGUAAUCCCAAUUCUCAGUUCGGAAACGACGCCUUGCCUUCUCCGAUCUGACCCUACUUCUCAGAUCGCAUCUUCUCUUUCCCUCUCUCUCUUACCUAUCUACUGGGUUGAGUCAGCUGCCUAUUCUUGAGCUCAUCUUUAAAGAUGAAUAUGCAGCAAGUUGUGCAGCCCAGAUCUUCUUCGAAUGGAUAUGGUCGUCGUAAAGUUGAAAAAGAUCAUGCGGCUAGGUCUGACAGUAAAUUUCAGACGGGGAAAGCAAAUUAUAGCAGGACUAAUUUUGGUAAAGGAGGGGUACUUGAACCGCCUUCACGUGAUCGAUUGAUAUAUUUAACUACAUGCCUCAUUGGACAUCAAGUGGAAGUCCAGGUGAUGGAUGGAUCUGUGUUUUCUGGAAUAUUUCAUGCAACAAAUGCAGAUGAUUUUGGAAUUGUUCUGAAGAUGGCUCACUUGAUUAAAGAUGGUUCUCAAGGACAAAAAGAUGUUUCAGAUUCUAUUAGCAAGCCUUCUUCAAAGACACUGAUUAUACCAGCUAACGAUCUUAUACAAGUGAUAGCAAAGGGAGUGCCUGUAACAAGGGAUGGGCUAUCAAAUGAGCUGCAAUAUGAAAGGCAGCAAGAGCUAUUAACAGAUUCCUGCAUAUCACAGUCCCGGCAUGUUGAUGUGGGAAGAGAAUUGGAGCGCUGGAUCCCUGAUGAAAACGAUCCAAGUUGCCCUGAUCUUGAGAACAUUUUUGAUAGCCCUUGGAAAAGGGGCUGGGAUCAAUUUGAAGCAAAUGCAACUUUAUUUGGAGUUAAGAGCACCUUCAACGAGGAACUUUACACAACAAAGCUUGAGAAAGGUCCUCAAAUGAGAGAAUUGGAGAAAGAAGCUAUGCGGAUAGCUAGAGAGAUUGAGGGUGAGGAUACCCGUGAUCUUCAUUUAGCAGAGGAAAGAGGUAUUCAGCUUGAUGAAAAUGUAGAAAUUGAUGAAGAAACACGAUUCUCCUCAGUCUACCGGCCAGUCGAUGACAGUGGAUAUGAUGAGAUUGAGGACAUAUUACUGGAUUCACGAAAUGAUGAAACAUUUGGUGAUACCUUGAGUUCUGUUAUUGGCAAACCUCCGAUGGACAUUUUUCCUGGGAAAACUGGUGAUGGGGCUCAAUUGCCAUCAAGAUUUUCAUCAUUGGGAGAAGUGCAAUCUACUGUGUCCAGUAGCAGGGAUGUGUACCAUUCAGGUUCCGAGGAUCAUGGCAGACAGAUAUUGACUGAACAGCUUCCUAAAGAAUCCUCUGGGAUAUAUGCAAGCAGGGUUCUUGACAACCAAUAUACAGGGUAUGCUGAAAGUAAUAGUGUUCAGGAUGAUAGAGAUAAGCCAGUGUUGCCUGAUCGAGGUGGAGCAUCAAAGGCUGAGGCUUUUGAUCCAUCACAUGUAUCAUCCAAAGGAGAGGAGAAAGUGAGCUCUACUAAUGAGCUAUCGGAGGGCGUAUUGCCUCCUAAAACUCAAGUGUCAGCAAAUUCUCUUGCCCGGCCCAAUAGUUCUGCAUCAUCCACUUCUGAUCGUGGAGGUGCUGCUUCAACGUCUGCUAGCCGAGGAUUGUCAUCUAGUUCAUCAGUUGGUUCAUUGUCCUCAGAGAAGUCAUCUCUGAAUCCAUAUGCUAAGGAAUUUAAGUUAAAUCCGAAUGCAAAGAGUUUCACCCCAUCUCAGUCGUCUAUAAGGCCUUCUUCUCCAGUUGCUGAUGGUCCCUUCUACUAUCCAGCUAAUGUGGCACCAAUGGCUCAGAUGCAUGGAAUGCCCGUUAAUAUUGGGAUUGGACCUACCUUUGCUACUCACCAGCCUGUUAUGUUCAAUCCACAGGCUGCACCAGUGCCACAGCCAUACUAUCAUCCAAACGGACCUCAGUAUGGGCAGCAUAUGAUAAUUGGACAACAUCGGCCAGUUUUGUACAUGCCAACUUAUCCAGCAGAAAUGCCUUACAACAAGGGGAGAGAAUUUUGAUCAAGGCUAGCCAACAACAUUAGCAGUUUUGUCUUUGCUCGGCAAAUGUCUAAACUUACAACGACAGGCUGCUGCAAAAUGAUUUUUCCGAUAAGGCCCACCCGCUGAAGAAACAUUGCUCAGCUCUGGAGACCAAUAGGAAAUUUGUGCUUUUAGCUUGUGGUAACAUGUGUUCACAAGCCAGUACAUUUUAAAUUAUGUUCAUGUUCUAGUAUGGAGUGUUCACUUUUUUUUUUCUUUUUCGUUUUUUCGAUCAUUUUUUCUCAUGUUGUGAUUUUAGUCAUCAUUUGUUGAAUUAUUGUGAUUAUUAAGUGUUUUUUUUUAUUGUGGUUUGUAAAUAAAACACUACCAUCUCUUCA